CGGACAAACUCUCGCGGGCCGGAACUGGCGCGAUGCAUUGUGGACCCUGUAGUUUCCACCGCGUUCAUGGCUGCGUUAAGCUAGAGUGUUGAGGUUCGUGGACAAUGUAACAGGCACCACAGGCACCAGACGAUUCCUGCCGUGUUCCCUGAUUUGUGGCUUACAACUGAUGUUAGAUGUCUCUGGAUCGUUGUUUAAUGGCGAUAACUCACUUGCCUUCGUUGCUAUUAAAUAACUCCAAAAGCGGAACCCUAAUUUGUCUGUGAAGGAGAAAGGAAAGUCUCAUUUUGGAAAGUUAGGCUUCUACUCUCCGCCCCUCGCCCUCAAACCCUUACUUUUGCUGCAGAAGUAUUUUUUUGAACAGCUCUCUCACUAUUUGGUGCUGAUCUCCCUGAAUAAUGACUUUCUGUCUGUCUGGUAUUCGAAAGUUUACUAAGCUUUGGAAGAGCAAUCCACACCAUGGGCACAAUCCAUUGCCCUAUUAUCUCUCUCUCUUUCUCACAAACCCCUGUGGCAUCAAGAAGCAACAGACGUGGUUUUCUCUUAAAGCAUUGUCUCCGCAAAAGACUAAAGGGACCAGUCUACUAAGUGCCAAGGCCAGACAUCUCCGGAAUGAGGAGGGCAGUACUGUGCAAGUGUCUUCUGAUUCUCCUCAUCUUUUUGCAGCUGGAGCAGCUAAGAAGAGAUCACAGAUGAAUCCUCAGAGUAAACAGAGUAAAGAUAAUGACUUGCCACCUGUGAGGAACAUUAUUCAACUCCCAACAAAACCUUUAACUUCAGAGGAAUGGGAUAAACUUAAGGAAGAUUUCAAAGGAAAGACUGAUUUCGAAAAUUGGAUUAGUUCACAGAUGGCUCACUGCCAUAGCUCUGUAGAUGUGGCUAAAUCUCUGCUGGCAUGGGUAGCAGCAAAAAACAAUGGUAUCGUAGGCUAUAAUUUAUUGGUCAAGUAUUUGUCUCUUUGUGUCUUUCAUAAGCAGACAUCAGAAGUUAUUGAUGUCUAUGAAAUCAUGAAAGCCAGAUAUAAGAGUUUAGAAUCUGGGGGAUACAGUCUUCUCAUCCGAGGAUUAAUCUAUUCAGAUAGGUGGAGAGAGUCCUUGUUGCUGUUGGAGGACAUUAAGAAAGUCAUGACACCUUCCAAAAAGAACUAUAAUGAUUGUAUCCAGGGAGCCCUCCUUCAUCAAGAAGUGACUAUAGCUUGGAAUUUGUAUCAAGAAUUGCUAAGUCAUGACCUUAUUCCGAUGAUGGAAACUUUAAAAGCCUUCUUUGAUUUCGGAAAAGACAUAAAUGAUGAUCAGUAUUCAAACAAACUACUAGACAUUCUUUUGUAUCUAAGAAAUAAUCAGCUGUAUCCUGGGGAGUCAUUUGCACACAGUAUAAAAGCAUGGUUUGAGAGUAUUCCUGGAAAACAAUGGAAAGGACAAUUCACCACAGUCCAGAAAAGUGGUCAGUGUUUGGGCUGUGGAAAAACUAUAGAGUCCAUUCACUUGAGUCCAGAAGAGUAUGAAUUUCUCAAAGGAAGAAUCAUGAGGGAUGUGAUAGAUGGAGGUGACCAAUACAAAAAGACAACACCUCAGGUAGGUAAUGGCUUUCAUUGCAUUCUUAGAUUGCUUAUCUAA